AUGUCUGAAGCAGACAGUCUUAAAGAACUGCAGUCAAGAAUACGGGCUGAGUAUGAAGCGCUGUUUACGUUAAAGGAAGAAAACGGAUUGGAAAUUUAUCCUAUAUUUAACGUUUUACCCCCAAAGAAGGAAUAUCCCGAUUAUUACGCUUUGAUCAGAAAUCCGGUUUCAUUGAACACUUUGAAGAAAAGAGUUCCCCACUAUACGGAUGCUCAGAGUUUCAUCAACGAUGUGGUGCAGAUCCCAUGGAAUGCCAAGACUUAUAAUACCAAAGAAUCUGCGAUUUACAAAUAUGCAGGAAUUUUAGAGGCGUAUUCAAAGGAAAAGUUGGUGCCAAAACUACAAGAAUACUAUCCCGAGGUGGAGUAUCCAUAUUUGGGCCCUCUACCAGAUGAAAUCGAGAGUAUGAAAGCUCAAGGUAUUACGCCGCCAGAAAUACCACAACCGCCUCCAAGUAAACUCAGAAUGAAGACUAAAACAGAAGAUGAUGACGAAGUUGACGGUCAGGACGACGAAGAUUAUUCUGAGGGCGGUGGCAGAAGAUCAAUGCCACAACUAAGGUUAACGUUGCAUAGAGGAAUGCAAAAUGCAUCGCAGUCUUAUCAAGGUGGUAGAUCUCAGUCUGGCACUCCUAAACCUCUGUACGGUCGUCACCAACAGCAGAGAACUCAUAUGAGAAGAGGUAGACCACCAGUUAUCGAUCUACCGUAUGUGCAAAGGAUUAAAAAUGUAAUUAAAAUGUUGAAGAAGGAAAUUGAUGAUGAUAAUGAACCUUUAACCUUACCGUUUGAAAGAUUACCAGAUGAGUUAAGAGAACCAAGAUACUACACGGUUAUUUCAAACCCAGUUUGCCUCGAAGAUAUUAGAAAGAGGGUGAAAACUCGCAAAUACAAGGAUUUUCAAACGUUCCAAAAUGAUUUCCAAUUAAUGCUAACGAAUUAUAGACUGUACAAUCGUACUGAACCGCAAGCUUUGAAAAAAGCCGCUAUGUUGGAAAAGAAGUAUAAUGCUCUAGUACGUCACGAACUGUCGAAGCCAGAUCGAGAUUACAUGCCAGAGGGUGAAUUGAGAUAUCCAAUGGAUGAAGUCGAGGUUAACGGUAAUACUUAUCGAAUUGGUGAUUGGGUACUCUUAGAAAAUCCGAACGAUGCUACAAAACCUACAGUGGCGCAAAUCUUUAGACUUUGGAGUACUAGUGAUGGCAGAAGAUGGUUGAACGCUUGUUGGUAUUUGAGGCCGGAACAAACCGUUCAUAGGGUGGAUAGACUAUUUUACAAGAACGAGGUAGUUAAAUCGGGUCAGUACAGAGAUCAUCUAGUGGAAGAACUUGUUGGUAAAUGUUAUGUGGUUCAUUUUACAAGAUAUCAAAGAGGAGAUCCAGAUGUUAAACUAGAAGGUCCCCUCUUUGUAUGUGAGUUCAGAUACAACGAAGCUGAUAAAAUCUUCAAUAAAAUUAGAACCUGGAAGGCCUGUCUACCUGAGGAGAUUCGUGAUCAGGAUGAAAAUACAAUCCCUGUUAACGGAAGAAAAUUUUUGAAAUAUCCAUCGCCAUUGAAGAAUUUACUGCCACCAAAUGCUACCUACGACGAUCCAAUGCCACAACCUACCGAAGGUGCGGUCAAUGCGCCACCUUUAAUCGGUGGUGUUUAUCUGGGACCCAAAUUGGAACGUGAUGAUCUUGGUGAAUAUUCUUCGUCUGAUGACUGUCCUCGCUAUAUCGUGAGACCCGGCGAUCCACCUGAAGAAGGUAGAAUCGAUUUCGAGACUGGUACUAUUAUCACGAAUACUCAAACCGCUACAGCAUUGCCAAAAACGGGCCAAACAAGUCAAAGAUUGGCAUCUUUGAAGCAGAGCAAAUCGAUAUCAGGUCUGAACUCUUUGAGAAAUGGGGUAUACACUCCACCUUUGGGUGGUGCUACUCCAGGUUCUGUCAAUGCUGAUGUUAUCGGUUCACCAAGUCCCAACUUAAUUACUCCUACUGGCUUGGUCCCUGGUCAACAACUUACAGUCCAAGGUCUUAAACAACACCAGUUGAACAAACAACAAUUACAAUUCCAACAGCAACAACAACAUAAGAGAUCGCAAGCUUCAGGUUAUAAUCUAACCACUGUUGUGAACAACUUGGCAGCACAGGCCUCAAGAAACAGUUUAGGUCACAUAUCUGUGGAUUCCCCCAGCGCAUACGUGCUUCCCGUGUCGAUAACGAAAAACGUAGAUGUAUUGCAACGUACUGAUUACGCUAGCCAAGUGAGAAGACUGGGUAAAGAACAAGUUCCUCGUAAGAAACGUAACAAAGGUGAAGUUUUAUGGUUUAAGGGACCAAGCGUUGCCAUUGAAGAGCGUUUGUUAAACUCUGGUGAUGAAAGGCUUCAGCCUUCAUUAAAUAGAUGGUUUUCUAAGAACAUCAACAAGAGACCUAAGCUGGAUUUGGACUAUGAAGUAGUCGAAGAACCGGCUGAUGAAAUGGAUGCCACCGCACAGAGUCAAGACGCUCACCAUAAUGGUGUUGACCAACAAGGAAAUGGCUUUGUGGAGGAUGAAGAUAACUACAGCUUUAGUGAGGACGAUAGUGAUGAAGAGAAUGAAACACAAACUUUACCAGAUUCUUAUCCACUUGGUCUGCGACCUUCAGCAAAGUUUAUGGCCUUUAAGCUGGCAUCGCGUGACAAGCUCUCAGCGGAGUCAGAUUGA